UGGCAGAAUAAAAGGUGUUCCCAACCUUUGGACCGAGGAUGUUAAAUUGGAUUUUCCAUUCCAGUAGCUCAUAAACACUGACUUAAAUCCGACCUGAGCACACUUCCUGUGUAAUCGUACAGGUGCAGCUGGACUUUGCGCCACGGUUUUUACUAAACAAGAACAUUCAGCAAAUUGUGAGCUUUUCUUCUGGUGUGGUUCAAUAAAUAGUGGUUUAACAGUAUUAAUAAUGGAUUAUUAAGGUCUGAAGAAUACAGCUUCUCAAGACUGCCAGGUCAAUUUCUUUUUUAUGGUGUGUAACUUCAGAAAGGAAGAAUGUUCAUGAACAACCGCCCAACCUCCCCCUCAAGAGGUUACUCAUCAGAGGCAUCCUCUCAGAGGUCUGAUAUGUCUCGUCCCAGUGCAAAAUCGAUCUAUAUGCAAAGAAAGGAAUAUUUGGAGGCCAUAAACAGACAAGCAGAUGCCUUUCAGUACAGAGUGGAGCAUUUGUUCACAUGUGAGUUAAAUGGGAAGGGGGUGAGCACCACUGAUGACUGCAUGGUCAAGCUGAAGAGUCUGGAGAGCCGAGGGAAAGUGUGGGGUCAGGAUAUGAUCCUGCAGGUGCAAGGCACCAUCUUACAGCUGUGUGACGUUGAAACAAAGGAGGUCCUGGACUCACUUCCUCUUGGCAGUAUCUCAGAUACUAAAGCAAUCCUAGACAGCUGCCCUUAUGACUCCCUCUUGAUGGUCACAGCUCAGGACAACAGCCGGAGGGCUCCAAAUGUUUUCUUUUUCCAGUGUGAGGAAACUGGGGCAGAGGAGGUGAAAGCUGAUUUAGACAGAGAGAUCCAGAACAGGUAUGAAAGACCAGGAUUUCCACCGAGUGAACCACCAGUUGACAUUAGGAGUAAUCUGGAGAAUAUAAUAAGCCAGGGUUAUUUAGGGGGUUUCCGCAGACCCCCUCCAUUGCACUCUACACCCCUCCACCCGAGAAUCCUCCUUCCCAGUCCAGCAUCUACCAAGACUUUGAUGAUCACCAGCCUCCAAUGUUUCCACCCAGGGAGGAGAGCUAUUACAAUCAAGACAUGCGUGAACAACCAAACCACACAAAUCAUCAGCCUUCUCCCCCUAACUUAGAUCGACAGGAGUGUGGAAAUAUUUAAUCAUGUUGUGGCUGACAUUGAGUUCUUUAUUGGCAAAGUUGGAGGAGCUUUAGCACAAGAGCAAGGAAAGAAGAAAAAGAAAAAGAAAGGCAAAGGUGGAAUAAUAUAUGGUGAAAACAUUCCCUCUGUAGAAGAAUUUAUGUCCUGCCUUCAAAAAUUUAAAUAUGGCUUUAAUCUCCUUGGGAAACUUAAUAAACACUUAGCCAAUCCGGGUGCCCCUGAAUUCAUCCACAGCCUUUUCACCUCCCUUGGAUUUCUUGUAAUGCAGUAUCCUUCGGGGGUGGCUCCUUCAAUUGUGAGUCCUCUACUUACAGAACAAGCUCUGCAACUCAUCAGCCAGGUGGUGACUCCAGUGGAGGAUCAGCUCUGGAACACUUUAGGAGAUGCCUGGAAUAUUCCCAGAUCAAACUGGCCAAAUGCAGAUCAGAUACCAGCAUAUGUUCCACAGUUUUAUGAUGGGUGGCAACCACCUGCACCAAUCCCUUCCCAGUCAGGACCCAUGAACCAUUCUUUGUCAAGGAGCAACAGUCAGAGGUUUCCAGCUGAGAAUGAUGCACAGCAACGAUCUGGACAGGAUAACAGGCCUGUUGGCGCACCGCCUGAACGCUCUGGAGAACCCCCACUUUAUAUGCGAGUGAUCUACGACUUCACAGCCAGAAACCGUCAAGAGCUUAGUGUGAUGAAAGGUGAAGUGGUGCAGGUGAUAAACAAGUCAAGGCAAUGGUGGAUAGUGCGAAACAAUCGUGAAGAAGAGGGUCAUGUGCCUCCAAAUGUUCUAGAGCUCAUGAAUAGAGAAGAGCCAGCAAAAAUGAAUCGACCACCACAUUUCGACAUGAAAUCCAGCCCAGAGGAAGUCAAGGCCUGGUUACAGUACAAGGGCUUUUCCAACUUGACAGUACGGAACCUGGGUAUGAUGAAUGGAGCAUUGCUUUUGGGGAUGAAACGUGAUGAUUUACGAGCUGUGUGUCCAGAGGAAGGUGGUCGUGUUUUCUUCCAACUGCAAGCUGUUAAAUCAUCUUUGGCUCUUGCCAGUGAAGCAGAAUAUAACCACUAUAAUGGACGCUAAGCCUGCAAUCCUGAGCUCAGGUGACAGUGGACAGAUGCCAGUUGACUGAGCCAAUCAGAAGAACUGCACAGUGAUUAUAUGCUGGCGUUAUUAUCGUUUGUUGGUUCAUGAAAAUAACUUUAUAUUCUGAAAAUAAAUAUCAACUUAAGUUAUACUCCUAGUACAAUUUUAAAUAAGUGGUUAAAUACAUUUAUUGUGAUGAUCUUUGUUUAUCUUAUUUAUAUUCCACAUUUGUCACAAAAACAUCUAAAUGUUUAUAUGAAAAUAAGAGCAAAAGUAUAUAUACACACAUAUUUAAGACAUAGGAUCCAAUUAUACUUUAGCCACUAGCACCAAAACACAUUCCUAAGAAACCUUGAUCAUUGCUUCAAAUCUCCAUAUUGUUUGUCUUUGUAUAUACACAUCUCUAUACAUUUGAGUGGAAAACUUAGAGUUGUACAUCAUGUAUUAUUACAAAAUAUGCUCAAUGCUCCCUAGAAUGAUUUUGCAACCUUGAUAAAUAUCAGAAAUGUCUUGACAUUUGAAUAAAAAUGCAUUAAAGAAAGUCACUGUAAUCAAAUAUACUGAAGGAAACACCUAAAGAAAUUUGAUCUGAUAACCUAUGUGACAUUCUGUAAUGUGACGGUUUCUGAAUCAGUGCUGUUUCGAAAUAUACUUACUAUUUUGCAAUUCACGGUUGAGUAAAGUGGAAAUAAAGAUCAUCCAGUUUUUAAUGUGUGAAAAUAAAAUUAAAGCAUGACAAUCUUGAAAACA